AUGAGCCCAUCAUUCCCGUCGCACUCGCAACCAUCAAUCAGUCGACGGUCAAUUAUAUUUGGUACUGCUGAGUGUCAGCAAAACGAGAAUCUCGACGAAGAAGAUCAAAGAUCACAAAGCGAACGAACGAACGAACGAACGAACGCGCGGCACAUGUCCAACAUUGUGGCGUCCGAGCGAGCGAGUCCGAAUGGAAGCUCGCAAAAUCCGACACCGAUCUUGAAGUCAAUCGCGGACAACGAUGAGACUGAAGAUGAUUACUCGGAGUCAGCUUAUGCAAUUAUGCGACAACAAAAUUCACGACAGAACCGACGGAGACGAUGUACGACGAUGUUCGGCGUUGACAAUGUCGACGGCAUCGCGCGUCCUCAAUCUUCGAUCUGCACCAUGAGCUGGGAAGACACGAUAACCUCCACGGAGGGAAGCGGUAACCAGGAGCAAAUUUUCGAAAAUCUCACCCUGCACCAGGAGGUUCUAAGCGGUGCGAAGCAACAGCCUUGGCCUCUCCGACGUAAGAUCAAGCUUGUGCGACAAGCCAAAGCUUACGUCAGACGACACGAAGGCGCUCUGCAAGAAAGACUAGCCCAAAGUCACAGCACCAAAGACAUCGUUACGCGCAUCUCCUUUUUUAUAACUAAGAAAUUGCAGUACUUCCGACGUGAGCUGAUCGAUCUGCAAAUAUGGCUCAUACCUUGGGAAUAUCGUAUCAUGGAGAUAGAAUCGCAUUUCGGCUCCGCCGUCGCGUCCUACUUCAUCUUCCUCCGCUGGCUCUUCUGGAUCAACUUCGUCAUCGUGGCAACCCUUACUAUGUUUAUCGUGAUACCCGGAGUGUUAAUUGCAAAUGCAACUCCUGCCGGUGAGAGGAAGCUCAUACGGGAAGAAAAGGACCUCGAGUCGAUGGACUUUUCAACUUUAUUGAAUUUCGAUGGCGUACUAAAGCACUCCCCGCUUUUCUACGGGUGGUACACCAAUCAGGAUUCGGACAGCAAUUACAAAUUACCUCUGGCAUACUUCGUCACCAAUUUGGUCGUGUACACGUAUAGCUUCGCCGCAAUUCUGCGCAAAAUGGUGGAGAACUCACGUUUGAACAAAUUGACCGAAAAGGAGGACGAAUAUGUCUUUUCGUGGAAACUCUUUACGGGAUGGGACUUCAUGAUUGGUAAUCCGGAAACCGCGUACAAUCGUUCAGCCAGCAUCGCGUUGACCUUCAAAGAGGAUCUGUUGGAAGAAGCGGAGAAGCAAAAGGACAAAAGAAAUUGGAGAAUCAUCUCGAUAAGAAUAUUCGUGCACACAGUGGUGCUCUUAUUAUUCGUAUUGUCGGUAUAUGCCGUACUCGAGGUAGUCAAACGGAGUCGUUUAACCACCACCGAAUCAGACGGUUGGUGGCGACAGAAUGAGAUCACGAUCGUGAUGUCUUUGAUCAUGUACAUGUUUCCGAUAUUCUUCGAGUGUCUCGGCUUCCUUGAGAACUACCACCCUAGGAAACAACUUCAGUUGCAACUGAUGCGAAUAAUGCUCCUGAAUCUGCUGAAUCUCUAUACGCUAAUAUUCGCAUUGACUCGUAAAAUAAAUUCUAUGAAACAUAAGCUUCAAGAUUUCAAAAAGAGACAAACGAUUUGCAUAAGAACAUUAAUAGAUUGCAGAUUUAAAUUGACACCAACACAACUGAUCACAAUAUUAAGCUUAACUUCCUUUUUAAUACACAACGUCACUUUUCCUUACGAUGAAAGAGAAACAUCGGAGCUAGAUUACGAUAAUUACCAAUACAUAACUUCGGACGCAAGUGGCAACAACGCACUUUCUGUCACGUCUUAUUAUAAGGAGCAAAAUUGGUGUACCAAAAGUGUAGACGAUAGCGAAGUACGCUAUGACCGAAGCUCCAUUGAUAAUUUUCUGUCCGACUCGACGGCUGCUAAACAUUUCUAUACAGGUUCUAAUUUAUUCCAGAAGAACAGUGUUGAAAGAACGGUAGAGAUGAUCGAAUCUAACACGAUGCAUACAGAUAGAUCAUCACCUUGUUUGAAUAAAUCUGUGAUUUUUUUCUUAGAUAAGGAUGGAAGAAAAAAUGAUGCAAAAAAAUGUUACGAGAAACUUUGCUUCAUUCUGAAACCAGAAGAUUUAAGAAUAAACGAUUUUGUCAAAUCUUUAUUUACUUUAUCACAUUUUUUUAAUUUUGACGAAUUAAAUCAAGCAAUAUGCAAUUUACGUCAACUAUGCUGGGAAACUACGUUCGGGCAAGAGCUCAUCAAACUCAUUGUUAUGGAUUUGAUACUCGCCAUAUUAAACACGUUUAUUGCGGAUUUUUUACGCGCCGUUUUCGUGCGUUUUAUGAAUAAGCAUUGCUGCUGGGAUCUAGAGAAACAAUUCCCGCAAUACGGUGACUUCAAUAUAGCUGAUAACAUUCUCCAUUUAGUGAACAAUCAAGGCAUUGUUUGGAUGGGAAUGUUUUUCAGUCCUGGUUUAAUGGCACUAAAUUUAAUUAAGCUUGGCGUUUUGAUGUACUUACGUUCCUGGGCAGUUUUAACAUGUAACGUACCUCACAAAGUGAUCUUUCGAAUCUCCAGGUCUAAUAAUUUCUACUUCUUAUUGUUAUUAAUUAUGCUAUCUCUCUGCGUAUUGCCCGUCAGUUAUUUUAUAGUAUAUAUCGAGCCUUCGCGGUACUGUGGUUCAUUUUCUAAUUAUCCAAAGAUUUAUAAUGUAGUGACGCAAUAUUUACAAAACACGUUUCCGACGCUAAUUCAACGAUGUCUCGAUUUUGUCGUAUCGCCAUGCGUACUAAUACAAUUGAUUAUUGUAAUGACGUUGAUUAUUUAUUACGAGACAUCUGUUGCUGGAUCUUUGCGAGAAGAGAAUAACGAUUUAAAGAUGCAACGACGACAGCAUAUAGAAGAACAUCGCAAAUUAUUUAAAAUAAGAGAGAUGAAAGAGAACAAUCCCGAUACUGCGCUAUUGAGAUGGAAACAGAUUCUUCUGACGUUGCCACGGGCCAGCAUGACUCAAAAUUCCGAAAUUACUGAAAAUAGCUCAGAUGACAUACAGAUUACAAUUGGAGAGAGCUUGGAGGAUACAAUGGAUAAUAAGAUGAACGAUACUAAAGAGGAUCAAAUGUUGUCCGAUCAAACAUUGUCUAAUUUUAACAAUGAAAAAUUAUCUAAAAUGCAAUACCAUUUAACGUAAAAAGUAAGACAGUACUAAAAUAAUGAAGUCGCAAAAUAUAUGAUUUUCUACGCAAAUUUCAAAUGUAAUAUUUAAAUUAUAAUGUUCGUGAAACUCGCAAUCGAGCAAAGAAUGAUUAUGGAAAUCGACAAAAUAGAAAAUGUACGUAGCGAUAUUCAUGGAAUUAAAAUUGAUAACGUGUCUGGAAAUAGACUCAAUAAGUAAGAAUUUAUUUAAAAAAUGAGAAAAGAAUAAUAAUAUAAUUAUAUUAUUUUUCAUUAGUUUUUCUUAAUCUCGUACCAUCUUCUCAAAAUCCGUUCUGUUUACUAAGUUUAGUAAAACACUGAAAGUUUUCACCAAUUCUCUUUAAAAUUAUAAAUUAAUAUAAAUGUAAAUUAAAAUAAUAUAAACAUUAAUAUGUAUUAUAAUCAUUGCUUGCGCCUUCAAAUCCAUUAUAUUUACCAUUGUCAAUUUACUAAAAAAUAUUUGAAGCCAUUUUGUGGUUAUUAUGUUUAUUUCUACAAAC